CUUUGAUCGGGUGUUCCUGGCUAACCUGAGGUGUCAGGGCGUUGACCAACACCAUCAUCAUUGAUCUCAUCGUCGAAACCGACCGUCAGGCCGUGUCAAACCCAUCAAAUUGCAUCAAUAAUCGCUCUGGCAAAACAGCAACAGUGUCAGCCUGCAUUGGUGGGAGACGUUGCGGCCGUGACGAGGUGUUGAAACCCAUCGAUAGUCGGUCUGCAACUGUGUUGCUGCGCUGGUCGUGUCCAUUGGUGACGUCUGCACGAUGCGCGCCUUCACCCGUAAUGAUGAAGCAGCCAAAACGCCGCGUCGAUUCCCUCAGCACGCCAUCGCCGCGACACUCGACUCACGCACAGGUUCCACGCGACGAAGGUAAGCGUCAUGGAGGCGACGCGCGCCUGCCCCUACGCGUUCCCGAAGAAGAUCCAAGAGGAGAUGGAUAAGUUGGCCGACGAGCAGAUGAUGAAGCUCAAGGAGUUC